AUGCCCUCCGACUUCGCCCCCUCCCAUGUCUCGUUCAAAGACACCCUUAUUGGUGGUGACAAUUUGAUUCCGCCUAUUGAUGAAGAGAUUUUCGAAGAUGAUGAUAUCGAUAUAGUUGAUGGUGAUGUUAAACGGGGUAAUGUCAAUGGCUUAAUUUCAAUUCAUUUCUCUGAUUGGGUCAUCGAAUUAGCGAACAAAAGUUUUGAUCAAACUAUUGUGAUCAAACUUCUUGGCAAAAAAAUCAGUUACACUGCGCUUUGCAAUCGUCUUUACAACUUGUGGAAGCCAUCGCAACCCUUUCGCCUCAUGGACAUUGAUAAUGAUUAUUUUUUGAUCUCACUCCGCACUCACUCUGAUUAUUUGAAAGUCCUUGUUGAUGGUCAUUGGAUGAUUUUCGGACACUACCUAACGUUUGAACCUUGGUCCCUAGAGUUCUUUACCACCCAUCCUUUCCCACGCCGGAUAGUUGCUUGGAUUCUCCUACCAAACCUGCCAGUUACGCUAUAUAAACGGAGUCUUAUCAAUGAAAUCGGAGAGUGUAUUGUUCCAGUUCUGAAAAUUGACUACCACACUGAAAAUGGUCGACGUGGUAGAUUCGCCAGGAUAACCAUCAAUAUCGAUCAGACGCGCCACCUCAUCUCUAAACUCAUCGUCAAUGAGAAUAUACAAAUAGUAGAAUAUGAAGCCUUACCGAUCGUUUGCUUUCAGUGUGGACGUUACAACCACAUUAAGGAUUUCUGUCCUGAAAAUUGA